AUGUCGUCGCAAGAUUCGCCCAAUACCCCUGCGCAGGAGGCAUCGCCCCCGCGCGCGCAAGGCCAGGCCCAGGAGCAGCAUACGCCGGAGGCAUCCGCAGCGGGCCAAACCGACGCGAGUGCGCCAGCUGCGAAGGAUGCGCCAGAGCCAAAGCCAGACAGCGAGGCGCCGCCCCUGCCCAGCGAACCCGUCCCAGAUGGCCCUCCUCUACCGAACGAGCCUCCACCGCAGCCAAAGCCAGAGGACGAUGGAUGGGACUUCCAAUGGGACCCCAGCUCCUGUUCGUACUUCUUCUACAACCGCUUCACAGGCCAGUCGCAGUGGGAGAACCCGCGCGUAGCCACCAGUGCGACGACGGACGCCACUGCAGCUGCAGUUGCGGCUGCGCCAGCCGCUGCUGCUGCUGCUGCUGGGCCCCAACCACCCGCGUCCGAGAAGCCGGCGGCCGGUGGCUACAAUCCCGCGAUCCACGGUGACUAUGACCCGAACGCCUGGUACGCGCAGGGCGACGAGGCAGAUCCGGCCGAGGGCGAGCAGACAAUAGGCGACGGGGCUGUUCCUGGCGUGCCGGGCGUGCCGGGCGUGCCGGGCGAUCCAUUUGCGACCACGGCGCAGUUUAACCGCUUCACGGGCCAGUUUCAGACAGAGGAGGAUGGCCCUGGGCGGCACACGGACGAGGCCAAGUCGAAGCGGCAGAUGAAUGCCUUUUUCGACGUGGAUGCCGCGGCCAACUCGCACGACGGACGGAGUCUCAAAGCGGAGCGGUCGAAUAAGAAACCCUCGAAGCAGGAGCUCAAAGCGUUCAAGGAAAAGAGGCGGGCGAGGAAGGAGGAGAAGCGGCGCGCGUGGCUGCGGGACUGA